AUGGCGAAUUUGGAGGAUUCGUCGACCGAUUGCUCAACGUUGGAUUCCGACGAGUCGGACCUCGACGAGGUGCUCAACGACGACGAGACGGAGAUGAUGCUGCUCAUGUUCGGCAUGAAGCACAUGGAGGACCGCGCCAAGCUGCUGGAUCAGAGGAAAGGAUCCGUGAUGGGGCGUAUGUGCAUUUCGCGGAACCGCACACUCGGCCACAAACAACUGAUGCAAGAUAUUUUUGCCGAGGUAUCGACCUAUCAUCUCCGCCUCUUCCGUAGAAGGUAUCGAAUGCGUAGGACUUUGUUCGAGAGAAUAGUCAGAGAUUGCGAGGCUAAUUGCGAUUAUUUCAAGCAAAGAAGAAACGCUGCCCAAGUCAUGGGAUUUAGCCCAUAUCAGAAAAUAUCUGCCGCAAUGAGGGUGAUUGCAUACGGUAUACCAGCAGAUUAUACCGAUGAGUACAUUCGCAUUGGUGUACAAACAACCACGGAUUGCGUGCGUAUGUUUGCCAAGACGGUGAUCAAGUUGUAUGGAGAGACGUAUCUCCGAGCUCCAGAUGAGGAAGAUACGAAAAGGCUCAUGGAGAUCAAUGAAAAGAGGGGGUGGCCGGAGAUGCUUGGUAGUUUGGAUUGCAUGCAUUGGACAUGGAAAAAUUGUCCAAAAGCAUGGCAUGGAAUGUAUUGUGGCAAAAGCCGUGAUUCUACCAUUGUUCUUGAAUUUGUGGCCUCACAAGACUUAUGGAUUUGGCAUGUUUUUUUUGGACUGCCGGGGACACUCAACGACAUCAACAUCUUGAAUAGAUCCCCUUUGUUUGCAAGACUAGUUAAGGGUGAAGCACCAACUUGUAACUACAAAGUUAUGAAUAAUGAGUACACCAUGGGGUACUAUCUCACAGAUGCUAUUUACCAUAACUAUGCAACUCUUGUCAAGUCCAUAAAAGAGAAAAAGGACAAGGCUUUGGCAAGAAAGAAAGCUUGCUUCACUAAAAAUCAAGAGGCAUGCCGCAAGGAUAUUGAAAGAGCUUUUGGUGUCUUGCAAGCAAACCACCGAGGCAUUGAAAAUGCCGAGACUCAUCACCAGCUCACCCAAGAUCUGAUUGAUCACCACUGGCAGUUGCAUGACCAAUGA